UGUGCCUAACGAAACAUAAAAGGUGCAGAACACAACAGAAAAACAUUGUUGCGGUCAAAAUACUCUAGUUUCCAUGUAAUGGAGGAGAUAUGUCGAGUUUGUCUGGAAAGGCCCAAUGACCUUGUAAACAUCUUUGACGCUAGGCGAAAGACCAGAGUUUCCAUUGCAGAGAUGAUCGCCCUGUGCACUGGGCUUCCAGUAAGUCGAGGUGAUCUGUUUUCCGAACUGAUUUGUCCGCCGUGUUUGGAGGAUGCGAAGAACGCAUUUUCGAUUCGGCAGACCUGCGAAAGGAGCUACCAGUUCUACUGCCAAGUCAGGGACGAAGGAAUCGAGGAGGCUCUUUGCGACUUGAUUGAAGAAGAGGACUGGGAGUUUUCGGAAGACCAUAUGGAUGCGUCUGAAUCCGAGGAUGAUGACAAAAAAGAUGCCUCAUUAGACUGCCGCCAAUGUCCGACAAUGUUCAAGCGAAAAGCUGCUAGGCGACACAAAAUCUCCCACUUGGGUAAAAAACCCUCCUUUGUUUGUGAUCACUGCCCAAAGAAGUUUAUACGUAAGGAUCUGCUGAAGUUUCACAUAAACACCCACACGGGAGUGCGACCAUUCGACUGUUCCCACUGCUCCAAGUCCUUUGCCCAGAAUUCCACAUUGCAGUCCCAUAUUCGAACACACACUGGCGAACGGCCCUACAAGUGCCCCCAGUGCUCCAAUACUUUUGUAAAAUCAUCUGAUCUUCGGCGGCAUAUCCGAACUCACGACGACGUACGGCCCCACAAGUGUUUGGAGUGCUCAAAGUCGUUUUCAAGGAAGGCACACCUCCGGGAUCACAUGCGCUGCCACACAGGCGAAAGGCCGUUUCCCUGUCCUCAUUGCUCGAAGACCUUCGCCUUGAAUUUCACUCUUCAAAACCACAUCCGCACCCACACAGGCGAACGACCGUACAAGUGCUCCCAGUGCUCAAAGUCCUUUAGUUUGGGUACUACGCUUAAGAAUCACAUGCGCACUCACACCAGAAAAAAUCAAUUCAAGUGCUCUGAGUGCAAAAUGUCCUUUGACCAAAAAAAGGCCCUGCGUAAACACCUUCUUAAGCAUCAGAAAUCGAAUUAAUAAAACUUGUAAUUAGGAAAAUACAACGUU